AUGUGGUGCAGCUUUGUUUACAGAAGAACCCACCGUGCGUGCGUGGCCACCGCUGUUUUUUUGUUUUUCAUGGGACUCUGCCUGCUUUACCUACCGGACCCGUUCUCGUUGGAACCUGUCGGGUUUGAGCGGAACCGCGCGGUGACGCUCCUGAUCUGGACUCAUCCGUUCGGCCGACGCCAAAAACUUCCGGACUGUUCCGCGCUCUUUCAGAUCCCCGGGUGCACGCUCACCGACGACAGGAGCGCGUACCCGCAGGCGGACGCUGUGGUCGUCCAUCACCGGGAGGUCGCUACCGGUUCUGCUGAGCUGCCACCGGAACCGCGUCCGAGCGCGCAAAAGUGGAUAUGGAUGAACUACGAGUCCCCGGUACACACACCCGCACUGUGGCGCUUUGAGGGAGUUUUCAAUCUCACGAUGAGCUACCGGGCAGAUUCGGAUAUUUUCCUGCCGUACGGGUACCUCAUCCCCCGUGUGGGUAAAACUAAGAUGAUCCAGAACCGCUUUACGCACCCGCUCAACAAACCCUCGAGCGCACACCUCCGCCGGCCCCGCGUCGUGGCCUGGGUCAUCAGCAACUGGUCGGAAACGCAAGCACGAGUGGCCUUCUACUACAAGCUCCGCCGGUACAUCCACGUGGAUGUGUACGGACACGCGGGGCGGCCGGUACCGGACGACGGUGGCGUGGGAAGCUUGGCGCAUCUGAUCGGGCGCUACCAGUUCUACCUGGCGCUGGAGAACUCGCAGCACACCGACUACAUCACAGAGAAGCUGUGGAACGCAGUGCUGGCUGGCGCAGUCCCGGUGGUCCUGGGUCCGCCCAGGAAGAACUACGAGCGCUUCCUGCCCCCAGAGGCCUUCAUCCACGUGGACGACUUCCCCACGGUGCGGGGCCUGGCACGGUACCUGCUGAUGCUGAGGCUCAACCCGGGCCGCCUCAGGCGCCACCUGGACUGGAGGGGGAGCUACAGCCUGCACCGGCCCGCCCUGUGGGCUGAACACUACUGCACCGCCUGCAGGGCGACGAGGACGUGCUUAGACAAGACUGAUGUGGUCAAAGACCUGACGAACUGGUUCUACUCAUGAAGACAUCAACAGCACCUGCAUCAGGAACCUGAACUGAGAGAUCAUUUCCCCCUGUGACAAUUAGAGUCUGCUGCUUUUAACGUUCAGAAAAGAAAUCUAUCUAUAGAAAUAUAUUGAUAUUAAAUUAUUUUCUGAUUAAUUA